UUGUCUAUUAUUAAGUAACUUAAAAAAAUUUUUUUUACAAUGAAUUAUGGCACAAAUGUAAGACCAUACCUCCCUGAGGCCAAGUGUUCAGAAGUGAAUUAUGGUUUUCACACUUUUGGCAAUUUGGCCGUUUUCUGGGUGAUUGUAUGCUGUUAAACAGUGUUUCAUUUGACCUCAUGCCUCAACUGUGUUCUGUAUGGUGAGAGUUUUAUGUGUCGGUGCAGAUGGGACAAGCUGCAGUACAUGUCUGCACUGGGAUCAGAAAAGAUCAGGCUUCUUCUGCGUACAGUAAAUAUUUGCGCGCAUUCUCUGUGUAUUCAGUAUCACGUGUUCUAUUUGGCACCGUGCAUAUUGGCAUUGCAGGACGAGCGGGCCGACGCAUUUUGUAUCAUUACUCAUUUAAUGAGUGCACAAGUCAGUUGGAACAUCUGAAUGUCACAAGAGUUUUGUGAACCCUGGAAAACACCCCCUGGGCUCGAGCCUGCUUUCCUUGCCUCCCCCUCCCUCGUUCCUGCCCACAGCGCCUGGGGGGGUUUGUGUCUGUUCCUGGCCGUACUGUAAGCUCUUUGUUGAUCCUAAGAGCCUGCCACAGUUAGCCACACUUAUGCUUGACUGGAGAAGGUCCCACUUCAGGAAUUCCUCUGCAUUAUGUCUCCUACAAGUGAGCAGCGGCUGGAUUCAAAACAAAACCUUUAGGGAAACAAAACCUUUUAGGACCUUUGCAGGAUUGUUUGCGGGAUUGUUCUAUAUACCCAUGUCAUCCUUCUCCGCUCGCUGUUUUGUUUGGAAACGGGAAAUUCAGGAGCAGGGCACUAUGAAGCUGCUGCCUUUGCCAAAGUUUAGAAGCAGGCAGCCAGAGCAUUUUUUUGUGUUCUUUUGCUGUUUCCCCCGGCAACCAUAGGCCGCCUCCCAGAUCGGCUCAUUAAUAACUUGUGAGGGGCCCCGUGAUGGAGGCCCUGAAACCGGAGACCCAGAAACCCGAGCCGCGCGGAGCCGGCUACGAGGCAGCCAGGCGGCUAGGCGCAGCGUCCGCGGUGACGGGACCGGGGCACGAGCGCCGCGCGGAUCUCCUGACGUCCCGCGGGUCACUGGGCUACGGCGGCGGGGACUGGACAGAGGUGGGGGGGCAGCAGAAUCGGGAAAAGGCGCAAAGCGGCUUGUGGCGGGUCCCCGUCCAGGACGGUGAGGUGCCGGGUGUCGAGGGGAGGACGUCGUCCGGGCCCGCCGCGCCGGACGAGGACAUUAUCGCUGACUCAGCACCAGCGCUCGUAGAGGCCCCCGCUCCUAACCCCCGGUCUGGGGGUGCCCCGGGGUGCGGCGAGGGUCCACUGGGGAGCUGGGGCACCGCCCGUCUCAGGUGUACCCCCGGGAGGGAACAGGCGCGGCUCUGCGAACUGGGCGCCGUUAAAAACGGCUGGCUGCCCCUUCACAAGAGGGCGCUGCUGUUUGGCGUCCCCCUGCGUGUGCGCAACACCGAAGACCCUCCCCACCAGGAAAAAAUGAAGGCUUACAUUGCUGCUACCACCCCCAGAGGGUACACAAAGAAGUUGACUGGAAAUGGUCACAUAGAUGGAAAUCGGGUAGAAAAAUGUGCCCAAUCCCUGGGCAUCAGACCAUUGGAGAGUCCCAGCCAUCCAAACACAAACCAGACACCGAGCUGCUGGAACGCGUCGGACCGGGACGGGGAGAGGAACAUGUACGAGGAGAAGAGGACGCGUUGGCCCCCGCGCUCCGGUUUCGUGCAAUCGAACGGCUCGCACGCAGACGGGGGUGUAGCCCACCCCCGGGGUUCCCCGCUGCACAGGACCGCGAGCGCCCCGUGCCCCGAGGACUCCGACCCCAAAAAUCCGCCCAAAACGAACUCGAGCUUCUCCUCCAUCACCAUCACCGCCCGGAGGGUCCCUCAGCCUGCCAGCGUGCCCUGCCGGGACGGCCCGGAUCCAGGCCGCCUGACCCAGGCCUGGGGCUCUGUAACCAAGGCUCGGGGUCCCCUGGCCCAGACCUGGAGCUCUGUAAGCCAGGCCCGGGUCCAGGCCGAUGGCACCGUGACCCAGGCUCCUGAGGCACACCCCACCCCGGCCGGGAGCUCCACCCGCACUCCCGCCCCCACCCCACUGCGUGCUGUUGCCAGCGGUGACCACGAGCCGGUUGUGCUCCGGAAGAAGCCGGUGAUCCUGAAAGUGACGGAAUGCCAGCAGGCCUACCGCGAGGGGGAGGGGCCUGCUGUGACCAGGCCCCCGGAGUUCCGGCACAGCUACAGCGAGGGCGACCUUAAGCGGGACGCCCCCUUCCGGUCCCGGGGCCGACCGCGGGACCCCAGUCGGGACGUCCCGGCCGGCAGAAGCAGCAGCUCCGUCCUGUACCUGGAUAAGUCCCUGUCCCUUUCCCUGGAGGAGCCGGAGGACAGGAGACAGGUGCACAGGUCCACCCUGUCCCUCUACCUGAGCGGGACCGCCCCCCCGGCCCCCGAGGAGGGGUCGACCGGGCCCCGGCGGGCCCCGAGCUUCUCCGGACUGUUUGGGCGCCCGGACCCCGCCCCUCCGGCCGAGCUCAGCGCCCCCGCCCUGAAGCGAUGGAACCUGUGGCCUCCUGGGAAAUCGGAGCCCGGAACAGCAAGCGACGGGCCCCCCGAAUCGAACACCCGCACCGGGUCCUCGCCGCCGCUCGGAGAUGCGCGGCAGAGCACGGGAGAUUUUGAGAUGCGGCUUCCCGUUUGCAGUCAGCCACGCGAGCGCGUAGCGCACAAAGGCCUCAGCGUGGUCUUCGCCCGCAGCCCCGAUCCGGUUACAGCCGAUUUGAAGCAGCAGAGGAGAGGCACGCCGAGAAGCUCCGCCCCGCCGGCUUCAAAGGCCCCCCCUGACUCCGGCACGGCACAGGGGGAGGAUUCUGGGAAGAGCCUGCACAUUGAGGGCGUGGUCCAGAGGGGUCCUCGGAGGGCGGUUUAUGAAAAUGGACCCCCCAGGCCUUCCAGCUGGACGGGAUCCUUCCCAACAUCACAGAUCAGCACAUCAAAUUCCCUCACUCUCAGAGAAGCUCUGGAGCUCUACCGCCCGGACUUCAUCAGUCGCUCUCAGGGACGGGUGAAGGAGCUGGAGGAACGGGCGCAGAGACGGAGGGCAGGUCAGGGCUCGGACACGGCCCUGGAGACAGGGCGGGGCCGCCGGAGGAGGAACUGCACCACCCCUCACCCCCUCAGUGAUAACCUCUUCAGACCGAGGGAGAGGAGCAUUUCCCGGAAAGACAUGCAGCUCCGGUCCAAGCGGAUUUACGACAAGCUGCCUGAAGUCACGAGGAAGAAGGAGGAAGAGAAGAGGAGGGUCCUGUUUCAGACCAACCGACUGCGGGCGGAGAUUUUUAAAAAGAAACUUCUGGAUCAGAUUCUUCAGAGGAACGGUGACUGAGAGAUAGCAGCACGAGCUCCGCGUGGCGCGUGGAGGGGAACCGAGGAGACGGAACUCACAGCUGUGCUCUUUCAGUCGUCACGGACUCCGGGGUAUUCAUGCAAACGGAAUACGCGAUCGCAGACGAACAAUUCACGGUUUCCUUUUGAGAGUUCAGCUGGUGCAUCAAUUAUUCAACGCAGCACGGACAGCGUGAUACACAGCUCUAGUGUAAAGCGUUUUUAUUAUCGGGCUUAAAUUAAUUAGGAAAUAUAUCUCAACGUUCCUUAUAGAUUAAUUUGAUAUUUAUGAAAGACAAUGGUGUUGGCCAAAAGGAAGGGUAUUGUUGAAGAGGCUUUAUACAUCCAAGAUAUUACUUCAGUGGAACAUUUGAGGUCGCUCCGUGUUUCUGUUUGAAUGAGACGGCUGUAGUUCGAGGAUGGUUGUGAGCACAGCAGGGCUCACAUCUCGGUCUUUACCUUGGACUUCCCGCUCCGACAGAGUGUGGGUAGAUUGGCCUCGCGUGCGUGUCCUCACCAGCGUGUUUGACUGUCUGCACCCUCCAGCAAGGUGCUCAGAGCCAAAACCAGGUCAAUUUGGUUCCAGCCCCGUGGCGAACUGUGAUGCUCUCUACAAGGAUCAAACAUAGUCUUGCUUGAAAGUCGGUCAUCUCCAAGUUUCACGCACUUUUAAAACUAAAACAAAACUUGAUACUUGAUUGAUGCAGUAUUUCAGACCUAUAGAUCUUGAGAAGCUUUUUGGUUCAGUUUAAAUACUUUUGGUAUGAAGCACCAAGCAAUAUAUUUUACUGGUAGUGUUUUAUAUGUAAAAUAAAUUCCUGUAGUUGCUUCUGUAGUACGUUUAAGACUACCCUGUGAUUUUUAUGCUCUCCACUCUUAUUUAUGAACAUCACUGCCUAUGAAAUAAACAAAUUCCAAACAGAUUAUUUUUGGUAAAGCUCUUAACAAUUAAGCAGCAUUUUGCAUAGGCCUACUCUUGGUGUACUGUGAAAUUUGACAUUUCAAAUUUGACAUUAAAUGCAAAACUGGUA